ACCUGUUCAGGUAACGAAAGAGGAAGAAAGGCGCGAAAAACCAGUGACAGGAUCUACAUAUUGUCAUUAUUUCAAAGCAGGGACUGGACUAUUUACUUUUAUAGUCAUUGUCAUUGCAUUUCUUUCAACACAGGGGAACUUUAUUUUCUGUGAUUGGUGGCUUUCUUAUUGGACAAAUCAAGAGGAAGAUAAGUAUGCUGCUAUGGCAAGAGAAACACGACUGUUAUCUCAGGGUUUCAACGUAACUAAUGUCACAAUACCGAGCGUGGAUACACAUUUCAAUAUAGCCAUUUUCAGUGGUAUCACCGGUGGUGUUUUUAUGUUUGGCCUAUUGCGGGCUUUUAUGUUCUUUAAAGCGGCAUUAGACGCAUCAAAGACUCUUCACAACUCCAUGUUUGACAGUAUAUUGAGAACUCGGAUUGGAUUUUUUGAUGCAAGUCAGACAACAGGAAGGAUUUUGAACAGAUUUUCAAAAGAUGUACGACAGCUUGACGAUUCAUUACCAAAAACAUUCUUCGAAUUUCUGCAGUGCGCAUUGUCUGUCCUGGGUGUAAUAAUAGUCGCAGGUAUUGCAGUGCCCUGGGUAUACAUAGCUCUUCUUCCUCUGACAGUCCUGUUUGUGUUUUUGAGAAGGUAUUAUAUCAGAACUGCGGACCAUAUUCAUCGACUGCAAAGUACAACGAAGAGUCCUGUGAAUGGGCAUGUAGCAACAACGCAUGAUGGGAUUUACACAAUACGUGCAUUCGGUAUGCAGAAUAAGAUGAUAGAAAAGUACGAUUGUCUUCAGGACUUACACACGGAGGCUAGAUCUCUGUCUUUAACUUCUGCACGCUGGUUUGCAGUUAGACUAGAACUACUUUGUGUCGUAUUUGUCAUUGCAGUAUCAUUUUCCUGUGUUUUAGCGGCUGAUAGGCUAAAUGCUGGUUUGGUUGGACUUUCUAUUACCUAUGUCAUGUCUUUAAUGGCUCUGCUUCAAUGGUGUGUAAGACAAAGUGCAACAGUUGAGAAUCAGAUGUUAGCUGUGGAAAGAAUAAGAGAAUACAUAAAACUUCCCCACGAGUCAAUCCACGGUACAGCUCCUCCCCCUAAAUGGCCUCAAUAUGGCGAGAUAUCUGUGCAAGGAGCAAGUCUUAGAUAUUCAAGUGAGUUGCCGCAAGUCCUAAAAAACUUAACUUUCACCAUCAGAGGUAGAGAAAAGGUUGGAAUUGUUGGUCGAACUGGAGCGGGUAAAAGUUCAUUGAUUUCGAUGCUAUUCCGUUUGUUUGAACCCACUGGCUGUAUCAUGAUAGACAACGUAAACAUACAGCAAAUAGGAGUCUAUCAGUUAAGAAAGAAAAUUUCAAUCAUUCCACAGGACCCAGUAUUAUUUACCGGGUCACUGAGGACAAACAUAGAUCCGUUUAAUACUUAUGAAGAUGAAGAUAUUUGGAAUGCUCUGGGUGAGGUUCAACUAAAACAAGCAAUGGAAACUUUACCACAAGGUCUGGACUCGAAAGUAUCUGAGGGAGGUAGCAAUUUCAGCAUAGGGCAACGUCAGCUCAUCUGUCUUGCAAGGGCGAUUUUACGUGACACCAAGAUACUCGUCAUUGACGAAGCUACAGCUAAUGUCGAUGACAGAACGGAUGCUUUGAUUCAGCAGGCGAUACGAAAGAAGUUCCAUGGUUGCACUGUUGUAACUAUUGCUCAUCGACUUCAUACAGUCAUGGAUUCCGACAGAAUUUUGGUGCUAGAAGACGGAACUGUUGUUGAGUUUGAUGUACCUUAUCUCCUUCUCCAAAACACUGACAGUUUACUGCUCAAGAUGGUUGAAGAAACCGGUGAAUCGGCAGCUAUACACCUCAUUCAAGUUGCUAAGGCUUCUUAUGAAAGAAAGCAAGCUGGUCCAGUUGAAAAAGAGUUUGGUGAUACGGACGUCAACGAGUCUCUUCGUUCAGCUGAGGAAACAAUCGUAUUGGAUAAAGAUAAAGAAACGGAUGAAAAUACUAAACUUCUUUGACUUAAAACCUGUAGAAAAGAACGCGUAAUGUGAAACGCUAUCUUGUAUUCAUAUGUAUGAAAAUAGAAUUUAGACAACAUCAGAAAUGCUAUGAAGCAUUAUAGCAGUAAACAAAUUAUUAUUUAUUUCUCAAGAAAGAGAGAACGUAACGAAUUACAGAAAAGGGUAAACGUUUUAUUGUGAAAUAUUAUUCGCGUUAAGUACACAGUUAUAUAAUGGACAAAAUCAAAAUGAAAUAUGUGAAAACCACAUGUAAAGUAGAUGAAUACCUUCAAGUCUGAGUAUGGCGUUUUCGCCUUCCACCGUUAUAACAGCAAUGUACUAAGUCCACAAUUCUUAAAUACUGCUUUUGAAUACCUGUCAAUUUCCUAAGCAUGUCAUCUUCUAGUUAAAUAACUAAUUCCACUGAUAUUCCGUAACAACGUCAUAUUCAGUAGCUUUUAAAACAUCAUUCAGUUCUCAAAACAUGGCUUGAUAAGAUAAUUACAUAAGGCACUUGCAAGUCUUAUUAUAUCAUUAUCACUGCGUUCUUUUUCGCGACGUGUACGGACGCAGUUAUUUGAAAGCACACUCAAUUUUUUAUCAGGUACAACAGUGCUUUUUCUUAAUAUUAGGUUGACAAUUUUAAUAUGACUAGCAAUGCUUAAUUCAUCACAAAGAUAUUAUGUUGAUGGCAUGUCGAAGUGAUAUUUAGCGUCAUGUAUGCAUCGAGAAAUAGCACUUUCAUCAAAUCUUUUACUUAAAAGCAUGUCUAAAACGAAGACGUCACAUAGCACAACUGUCUUGAUUAAUUUAUAUACAUAUUGAGUUGGUUAUUCGCUUUGCAGUAUAAUUCGCCAUCCUUUUCGCCCAAAUGGAACAGAACUCUUCCACAAGACGUAUUACCAUUUCCAGUCCUGGCGUGUAUAAUCAUAGGAGCAUGACGACCUACCAUUUGGCACCGUAAAUGCGCGAAAAAAAAACAGUUCUAUAAUAUUUGAUCUAAUAAAAGACAUUUUAGAACCGAAAUAAUUCAUAGCAAAACCGUGUUGGAACACAGUUUAUACACUCGGGCGAUUAUACAACGUACGAAAUAAUUUCAUUCGGGCUGCGCCCACAUGAAAUUAUUACGCCCGACGUAUAACCGCCAAUAGUG